UUUCAGAUUAUCGGAAUUCCGCAAUAUCCCGAGGUCUAUCGUCAAAUUGAGAUUGAUUUACUCUCUGACGUACGUAUAUCAUGUUGAAGUAGCUUUUGCAUUUGGUAAUUACAGGAACAAGUAACUACAAUGGAACGGUUUUUACGGCUCGGUGGUCUCGGUGGUCUCAGUGGCUCUCAGUUUGGAAAUGCCAGUCCGGUGGACAGCAAUCAAGUAGACACAUCUGAAACAGUUUAUAUAUCAUCGUUGGCUUUACUCAAAAUGCUGAAACAUGGUCGUGCAGGUGUACCCAUGGAGGUUAUGGGUUUAAUGUUAGGAGAAUUUGUAGAUGAAUAUACAGUGAAUGUUAUCGAUGUGUUUGCGAUGCCGCAAUCUGGCACGGGAGUGUCAGUAGAAGCAGUAGAUCCGGUUUUCCAAGCCAAAAUGCUGGACAUGUUGAAGCAAACAGGACGACCUGAAAUGGUUGUUGGCUGGUACCAUUCACAUCCGGGAUUCGGCUGUUGGCUGUCAGGUGUCGAUAUUAAUACGCAACAGAGCUUUGAAGCUCUUUCAGAUAGAGCAGUUGCUGUAGUGGUCGAUCCAAUCCAGUCUGUCAAAGGAAAGGUAGUAAUUGAUGCAUUUCGAACGAUUAACCCGCAGUCUAUAGCACUUAAUCAAGAGCCGCGUCAGACCACUUCAAAUCUUGGACAUUUGCAAAAACCAUCUAUUCAAGCAUUAAUUCAUGGUCUUAAUCGGCAUUACUAUUCAAUUCCAAUCAAUUAUCGAACCCACGAGCUUGAGCAGAAAAUGUUACUGAAUCUAAAUAAACAAACGUGGAUGGAUUCACUUGGUCUGGAACAUUUCUCUGAUCACUGUGAAAAAAACCAAGCAUCUAUGCAAAAAAUGUUGAAGUUGGCGAAGCUUUACAAAAAGGAUCUCGAAGAACAGGAGAAAAUGACAGAAGAACAGCUUGCUGUAAAAAAUGUGGGGAAACAGGAUCCAAAGAGGCAUUUAGGUGAAACGGUGAAUGAAAUGCUUGCUGACAAUAUUGUUCAGAGUCUUGCUUCCAUGCUUGAUACAUCGUCUUUCCAAUGAUGCUUUUGCUGUUGUCCUUGGAGAAGUGCCAAAAAAGAUACGUUAUUGUGAGCAGAAUAAAAACUAGUUUUUGUUUUCCAUGACAUCUUUUUCUUAGAAUUUUAGAAAAAUUGAAGAUGGGUUUACAAACACCGGUGAUGUUUCCCUGUGAUCAUAAACGUUUAAGACAAUACAAGCAAUAGAUUUUCGAUCUCUUUCCGGAAAUCACAAACUCCUGUUGUAAUCGUUGUUGCUGAAUUUGCUGACCCAAAUAUUUGGUAAAUGACAGAACUGUAACGGUAGAGCUUAGGGUUACCAAAUAAUCUGAAAAAAUUGGAGUCUAAGGAUUUUCAACUUGGGUA